AUGCCAGAAAAUGAACCGAUUCGUCGGUUCGUGCCCUUACCGACCCAGUUUCUCCAAGAAGAAGAACCAAGUGAUACUGACGAAGAUGACGAUGAACAAAAUGCGGAGUACAAUCAACCCUUGGCUCAUUUUCAACACCCUGGUGCGCGUUCGGCUUUAACUUCGACCCAGGAUCACCAUCUGCAACCGUUUUCUUCAGGAAGAGCGAUCUCAUCCAGUACAUUUUAUGGGAUCUCCCAGCGAAGUUUGAAUUAUGGCCAAAAUCAUGGCGUUGCAGAUGAUAUGUCUUCAGGACAAACGUUGCGCAACUUUAUAGGUCGUCAUAUUCCAAAGAAUGACGACUGUUCCCAAAACUCAUACGAUUAUCAAGAAGUAUUCGAUGAUCCACAUCAAUUGAUACCUAGUUAUCACGAGUACUCAAUAACAGAUUCGCCGACGCAUUCAUAUUCCCCAACAUCUGGUGAUUCAGCUGGGAUACCUGAAUAUUUUAUUUCAAGAGGGGCAUCAACAGCGAUGCGUUCCGGUGGAUUAGGAUAUGGAAGCCAUACUAGUGAACAAGGAAACACAGUUUUCUGUGAACCUCAGCAAAGAUUGCAAGAACCAAAAGUUAUUUCAAAUGAAAGCAAUAGGUACACUGUUGUUGGGCACACGGUAGAAGGUCAACCGAUCUAUGCGCUGCAGUCUGUGAGAACGCAGGAUCGUCCAAGAUUACAUCAGGGUUCGCUGUAUCGUGUGAUGGAGAGUAGUGCUCAACCUCGCUAUGUGUUUUUACGCCAGCAAGUUGGACCUGCUCGUCGACCGCAAAGAGAUGAUAUUAAUUCACCCAAUGAAAAUUAUCGUGCUGUAGCACGUGAAAUUGUUGCGAAAGCCCUCGAAGAUAAGCGUCAAAAACAGCAAUUUUCACAGGAAUCGCAACCGUCUUCUUCAGGUAUCAGUGGUACUGCUGGGAAGCCAAAAAAGAAAUUAGUUGCACCAGAUGACGGAGAGAGUGAGAAAAUAAGUGGUUCGACAGUGGCUGCACAAGUUGCUGCGAUUCAGCGUUUUAGUACGCCACUUGGCUGGAAGCAGAUGGGAUCAUGGUUAAAAACUGCUGAGGCGAACGAAGAUUGGAGUCGUUUGAAAUUACUAUUAAGCCAAUGUUCGCAGGCAAAUCUAACCCUGGAAUUGUUGCAAUCAAACGAUACUCCGAAAUUUGUGCGUAAAUUAUCGAAGACUUGUCCUGAUCAAGACGUACGCAAAAUAUCUGGUGAUUUAGUGAUACGAUGGAAACGUUUAGUAUCCGCACCACCUCAGCAAGUACCUGAAGAAUUGAAAAAAGUUGGUUCUGCAAAACGUAAAACACCUCAUCCGGCAUCUGGAGGUGCGAGCAAAGCAAAGGUGAAGAAAGAUAAUUUGGAAACUACGAAAACUGCUGAAAAAGAAGUGGAUGGAAGCAAGCAAAAGGACAUUUCUGGAAAUAAAGUGGAAUCUAGUAAGAAGUCUCCAAGCAUCGAAUAUCCUGAAAAAUUAGACGCUUCAUCUGUCAAAGCCGAAAAGUCUAUGAAGGCUUCAUCUUCUAAAACUAAAGUAGAGAAAGCAGAGAAAUUAAAUGAGUCAGCGAAAGCUGUGUCGAAUAAACUUAAUGAAUUCAAUAUGUUCGAGAAAUUGGGUGAGGAGAGAAAAGAAAAGAAACGACGCCCAAAAACAGCCAAGACCUAUACUUCAAAAUUCCGUUCAACAGGAUUAGAAGGUGAUGAUGAAGGUACGACAAGCAAGAGUAGUGCUAGCACAAUGGUAACAUCCAAAAAGAAAGGCAGUUUGCCUAGUAAGGCAUUAUUAGAUGCCAAAAAACGCGCUGCUGUUCCAACAAGUGUGUCAAAAGUAUCAGCAAUUAAUGCUUCACUUCCUGUCUCAUCUGCACCGUUCGUUGAUAAAAAACCUGUUUCACACACUCCUGCAAGAGUCAUGAUGAGCAAUACAUUUAUGGAUGCUCUGAUGGAUCCAGGACAUAAGAAACCUCCUCCAAAGCAAGCUAAAAAGCGGUCGACGUUGAAUUUGAAACCAUCGAUAUCCGUUAUACCGAGUGUUAUGGAGGGACUAUAUAGUGAUACCUCAAAAUCGCUUAAUAAAGAAAAACAGGACGAGGGAUCGGUAGAGGAAAAAAAAGAAUUGGUAGUGGAAGAACCAAACAUUGUACCAAUUGGUAAUCGAAAGAUACGUUUCGCUGAUGAAAAUGGACAGGAGCUUGUUGAAGUUCGGUAUUUUGAAGUAGAAGAGGGUGAAAGAUUAAAUGUUAGCAAAUUGUCGUCUGAAGACAUGAAGCACCUCGAAAUGCAACGUGAACGAACAUUUAUGAAAGAACAACGCAGCCUACAUAUAACUGAAUUUGGCUUCAAUACUGGUCGUUCGGAAGGAAUCACUCAUAUUCCAUGGAAAUUGAUACCGCUUACGGAUGCUAUAUUUUUUGAACGUCGAGGUUCGCAGAGUGAAGCGAAAAAAAUUGAGGAAGAGCGGCAAAAGACUAUUAUGAUGCCAUUUUAUGAUCCCUCGUUACCAGCCGAAUUGGCGGAUGCUGAACCAGAGUUGUUAACUGGUGCUAUAUUACCACCAACCGAAAUACCUUUGGAAUCUGAAGCCGAUGAUGAAGAUCUUAAUCAGGAUGCUGCUACCACUGCUGGAGGUUCAGCAAGUCAUAAUCAGAGUGAAGGAAAAGAAAUAGAUGUCCAAAAAUUAAUGACUGAACUAAAAAAGAUGGGCCUUGUUGGUUCAAGUUCAGAUUUAACAAGCAUACUUAAUAAAGUAUCUUCAACUACUUCUGCUGUUACUGGUACAAUAGCAACAUCAGUUCCUUCUGCAUCACAACUCCCUGUGACCACAACUCCAACGUAUGCUCAGUUAACAACACAUUCCGCCGUUCCAAAUAUUCUGAAUAUGUCUUUACCGCCACCUCGUUUUGCUCAUGGACUUCCAAUGCCACCUGUUUUAUCAGCAGGUCAAUAUAUACUUCCGGUUCAGCAACAGCAACCUCUUCUGAAUGGUCCAGUUCCGGCUGGCGUUACACCAACAAUAGGUGUAGAUUUGACUACUCAAAGUGGUCCAUCUACAUCUGAAGCACCAUCUUAUGGUGCUUACGGCCGUACUGCAGUCAAACAGUGCACAUUUUAUCAAUCGGGUACGUGUAGUUACGGUACGAGAUGCAGGUUUGCGCAUGGUGAUGAACCAACUGUGGGUACCCAAGGGUACGGUUACAGUGAUGAACGAGGACGAAGUUUUAGACGCGGUGGUCAGCCGUUUAGAGGUGGUUCACGUCGAGGUGGAGCAGAUGGUGGAUAUAGACGUGGACGUGGUGGACCUUCAUUGGGUCGUAGGGGAUUUUAUGAUCGCGACAGAGAAAGAGAUCGUGACAGGGAACGGGAAUAUGACUAUGAUCGUCGUGUACAUGAUCGCUAUGGAAGGAGACGGAGGAGAAGUUCGUCGAGAUCAAGAAGCAGAAGUCGAUCAAGGUCAAGGUCAGCGAGUCCGUUCGAAAGACGACCAUAUUCACCUGAUCGUCGUAGGCGUGGUAGUCCACGUGUAAUGCAUGAAUGCGAGCAAGAGGAACAUUUCGAAAGACGGUUGAGAGGAGAUGAUCGAGAACGAAAUGACCAGCAUGUUAUCUGUGUUGAAAAUCAACUGACUGAUAUCAAACCACAGUUGCAGGAACAUCAUCUUACAACAGAACGACAAUGUGACAUGGAGACUCUGAAGGGCAUGGAAUCAGUGACAAAUGCGGAUCAGCGUAGGUCACCCCCUGAAGAUCCACUACCGUCCACAAAACCAACUGAGAGCGUUCGAUCAGUUGCUACUGAUUCUCCUGCGAGUCCAAUCUAA